AACUGCUUCUUUAUUCUUUCAGCUGAUCCAAGUGAGCCUGUCUCUGUUCAAACUGGUGACAAAAUGUCCGUUAAAGAGGGUCGUACUUUAAUUCUUAAAUGCCGAGUCAAGGGUCGACCAACGCCCAAGAUACACUGGUAUCGCAAUGGCCAUAUGAUCGUUGGAGAAAAAGAUUCAAAUAUGGAGGUUAUCACAACAGAGUAA